CCAUUUGCAAUUCUGCGGCUUCUGCCUGUCACUGUCGCUCGCCCUAAAAAGAAGAACAGUAUGGAAAAAAAGGCGAGGGGCGAUGAAAGGAUGACCUGUGCCAGCAUUUAUGUUCAGCAGAGAUCGAUGGGAAGGGAGCAGCGCCUUCAGAUUCGUCUUCCCUGACACAAUAUCUGUUUUUCAGCUGAUGCUGGGCUGAGAUUUCAAUCAAAGGUGGAGUUUUUUUUUUCUACUAGGUUCCAGUUUCAGUAGUUGGAUUGUGUUGUUCUUUUGUUUUUAAAGCUGGAAUCUUGCAAAGUCUGUUGUGUUUUUGGAGUUUGGGGUGGAAUUGGGGGAGUAUUUAUUUCUAGGUUUUGUUUUUUGAUGUUGAGGUGGAGGAAAGGCGGCUCUUUUACUUGUCUGUUCUGAAUGAGAGGGUUGUUGGAACUUGAAGGAUUUAUUGGGGUUUUGGAUAGAGACGAAGAGAAUAGAAAGGGGGUUUUUGCAGAUCGAUCGUUGUCUCUUUGUUUCUCCUUAGUUAUUGCAAAGGCGGCACUUUUGGCUUGAUUGAGGUUUUAGGGGGCUAAAGGAGCUCCAUUUAUUGGUUUUGUUUUUUCAUUGGUGAGAUAUUUUGUUGAGGAUUAAGAGCGGAUUUAAGGUCUGAUACUGUGGAGCUUUGGGCAUUUUCUUCGAUUCUAUGUGCCAUGAGGAACCUAUUCCAUGCUGACACCAUUAAGGAGAAUCAGGUUCAGACGUUGAAUCCUCAGUCAUGGCUGCAGGUGGAAAGGGGAAAAAUUUCCAAGUUUUCGUCUCACUCCCCCUCUUCUAUUGAGUCUCUUAUCAGGGUUGCAGAGCCUCCUGUUCUCCCUUUCUUCAAGCCGGUUGAUUAUGUGGAGGUGUUGGCCCAGAUCCAUGAAGAGCUAGAAUCAUGCUUGCCUCAUGAGAAAUCAGAGGUAUACUUGCUUCAAUUUCAGGUUUUUAGGGGUCUUGGAGAGGUUAAAUUGCUCCAGAGGAGCUUGCGCUCUGCUUGGGAGACAGCAACCACAGUUUAUGAGAAGCUUAUCUUUGGAGCAUGGCUCAAAUAUGAGAAGAAGGGUGAAGAACCCAUCUCUGAUCUUCUUUCAUCAUGUGGUAAAUGUUCGCAGGAAUUCAGAAUGCUCGGUGUUGGCCCUGAAAUCCCUCCUCAGGGUUCUGAGGCAAUGAGCUCCUGUUAUUUAGGUAAAAUAGAGCCAUCCAAUAUCAUUUUCUUCCGCUUAAGAGAAGAAUAUAUAGCAUGUGAUCGGCAAAAGAUUGCAGAUUUGUCCCCUCCAUUCAACACCAUGCUUAAUGGGUGUUUCAGCGAAUCGAUUCAAGAAGUAAUUGAUAUGUCUGAAAAUAACAUCUCAACCUCAGCCAUGAGAGCAAUAUGCAAUUUCAGUUUUUCGGGAAGCAUAAAUGAAUUGUUAUCCCUAGAUACUUUGUUAGAAAUAUUGAUAUUUGCAAAUAAAUUUUGUUGUGAGAGCCUCAAAGAGGCAUGUGACAGAAAGUUGGCUUCUUUAGUUUCUUCAAGGCAAGAUGCUGUGGAUCUCAUGGAGUGCGCACUGGAGGAAAAUUCUCCCGUUCUCGCUGCAUCUUGUCUCCAAUUUUUCCUCAGAGAUCUUCCUGAUUGUAUGAAUGAUGAACAAGUUAUUAGAAUCUUCUCUACUGCUAAUAAGCAGCAAAGGUUCAUCAUGGCUGGACAUGCUUCAUUCUCACUCUACUGUUUAUUAAGUGAGGUUUCAAUGAAUACUAAUCCAAAAUCAGAGAUUACAGCUUCCUUUUUGGAGAAGUUGGUCGAGUCUGCCGUGAGUUGCCGGCAGAAGCAGAUAGCCUUUCAUCAACUCGCCUGUGUGAGGCUCUUACGAAAGGAGUAUGAUGAAGCAGAACGUCUUUUUGGCGCCGCUGUCGCUGCUGGACAUAUCUAUUCAGUCGCUGGUUUGGCCAGAGUUGCUUGCUUUAAGGGUGAUAGGCAUUCAUCCUAUGAACAACUUAGCGCGGUGAUUUCAUCUUUCAAUCCUCUCGGUUGGAUGUAUAUGGAGCGAUCUUUGUACGUCGACGGGGACAAAAAAUGGGAAGAUCUCGAUAAGGCGACUGAGUUAGAUCCCACUCUUCUCUAUCCUUACAUGUUUCGGGCAUCAUUCUUGAUGAGAAGGCAAAGCGCUGAGGCAGCUCUUAUGGAAAUUAAUCGUAUUUUGGGUUUCAAAUUAGCUCUCGAUUGUUUGGAACUUCGGUUUUGUUUCUAUUUGGCACUCGAAGAUUAUAGAUCUGCGCUUCGGGACGUUCAAGCAAUCCUUACUUUGUCGCCGGAUUAUCGAAUGUUUGAAGGACGAGUGGCUUCGUCUCAGUUACGAACGCUCGUUCAGGAACACGUUGAGCAGUGGACGACUGCUGAUUGUUGGCUUCAACUUUACGAGCGGUGGUCAGCAGUGGACGAUAUUGGAUCUCUUUCGGUUAUAUAUCAAAUGCUCGAGGCACCAGAUGCCGCAAAAGGAGUUUUGUACUUUAGGCAGUCAUUGCUUCUGCUCAGAUUGAAUUGUCCGGAAGCGGCGAUGCGAAGCUUGCAGCUUGCACGGCAGCAUGCAGCCAAUGAACAUGACCGUCUAGUUUAUGAGGGAUGGAUUUUAUAUGAUACGGGUCAUUGUGAGGAAGGGCUUCGUAAAGCAGAGGAGUCAAUCUCCAUUCAAAGGUCUUUUGAGGCGUUCUUUUUGAAAGCCUAUGCCUUAGCGGAUUCGAGCACAGAUCCUUCGUGUUCUGCAACUGUUAUUUCACUUCUUGAGAAUGCGUUGAAAUGCCCUUCGGAUAGGCUUCGAAAGGGUCAGGCCUUGAACAAUCUCGGCAGUGUAUAUGUCGACUGUGGGAAGCUCGAUCUGGCGGCAGACUGUUAUAUUAGUGCUCUUAAGAUUCAGCACACGAGAGCUCAUCAGGGACUUGCUCGCGUGCAUUUUCUGAAGAACAAUAGGACUUCGGCUUACGAGGAAAUGACGAAGCUGAUAGAGAAGGCUCGAAACACGGCCUCGGCAUAUGAGAAGAGGUCCGAGUACUGUGAUCGCGAGCUAACAAAGGCGGAUUUGCAAAUGGUGACCAAAUUGGACCCGCUCCGUGUUUAUCCCUAUAGAUACCGAGCCGCAGUGCUGAUGGAUAGCCACAAGGAAACCGAAGCGAUAGCCGAGCUAACGAGAGCAAUCGCCUUCAAAGCCGACCUCCAUUUGCUCCACCUGAGAGCGGCUUUUCACGAGCACAUCGGAGAUGUUGCCGGAGCUCUUCGCGACUGCAGAGCCGCCCUUUCCGUCGACCCAAACCACCAGGAGAUGUUAGAGCUUCACAACAGAGUAAACAGCCAAGAACCAUGAUUUGAAAACUCAUUCCAUAGCUUCAUUUUGUACACUAUAGAUCCUUGGCUCCACGACCAUAUUUUGUGUUUUUUGUUUCCUCCCCCCUCUUUUUUUUUCCUAUUUUCUCUUUUGUAAGUUUGUGUUCUAUAAGGAUAAGUAUGCAAUUUGGUACUUUGGCUUCUCUCCUUGAAAAUUUUGAGAUGUGAAUGGAAUGAAAAUGCUUGAAAGGUCAGUACUUGUGAGGUAGUUUUAGGUGAGAUUCAAAAUAGGAAGAAGAGACCUCAUGGCUUCAAAUCUGAGGAAGAGCUUUUGUAAUAUAUGAUAAUUCUAGUUGUUAUAUCUAUAUUUUCAUAUUUCUAUAGAUAUUAUGUUCUU